ACUGCAAGCUGUAGGAAGUAAAAAAAUAAAAAUAUAAAAAAAAAACAAAAAAAUGGCGCCAAAUAAUAGCCAAAGCUAUAACGCUGAUGAAUUGGAAGCACCUGCGUGGCUGAACGAUGAGUUCUUCAUCAAAGUGUUGCGCAAUUUCGAAACUGAUGCUAAGGAGUUGCAGCUAUUAAAAACGGUACUGUCGCCCGCCACUUUGAAAGGAGAUCAUUAUGCGAGUGUUAUGUUUCGUGCCGUUGUCGAGUACGAGUGCGAUGGCGGGCAGAAGACAAAAAAGAUGAUUAUGAAAACAAUGCCUUCGGUGGAUGGACACAAGAAGGAUAUGUUUGGAGAUUCAACAAUAUUUGAAAUUGAAAUCGACAUGUACACGCGGGUGAUACCACGUUUCGAGCAGAUAUUACGAGACAUCGGCGAUGAUACAGUACUCAAGGCACCCAUACUUUUCCAUGAGCUAAGCCCCAGAAAGAUUAUAAUCUUUGAAGAUAUUGUACCAUUGGGUUAUGAAGUGCUGCGCGGCCGUUAUGCAAAUAGUGAUGAGAUCAAGCAGGCCUACCACAAACUAGCCAAGUGGCAUGCCAUAAGCUACAAAAUAAAUUUAGAGGAACCUAAGUACUUUGAGAACUAUCGCCAAGGCCUACUCUCCAUGCCGAAAAUUGAGGAAAAUGAAUUUAUGUCGCAAGGCGCUGAUCUUUUAAUUCGACAACUACAGACAAUGCCAACAAUGCAAAAUUAUAUACCACUUGUUGAAUCUGUUCGCGAAAAGAUCUUCAAGGGCGCCAUCGCCUCCUUCAGGGAAUACUUCGAUGCGCCAAAGGAUGAUGGUCUUUAUGUGUUGUGCCACGGUGAUUUCCACAGCAAAAAUAUGAUGUUCAAGCAUGAUCCGAGUUCGGGAAAAUUAUUGGAUGUAAUGUUAUUGGAUUAUCAGUUGUCCUAUGUCGGUCCAAUGAUCAACGAUUUAAUUUACUCGUUCUAUAUGCUGUUGAAUUCAGAGCAACGUGAAAAUUUCCCGCAGUGGCUGUAUUUCUAUUACACAGAAUUCAAGGAAACACUGCAGAAAAUCGGCUUUGAGGGGCGCAUUCCGAACUUGGUGCAGUUGAUUGAGCAGCGAACGCAGCAAAAAUAUUUCGAGCUCUUCCUCCUAACUACAUUCCUACCUGCCUGGAUAGCCUUUCAUAAGGGUGAUACUGGCCCAGAUGAACUAAUGUCGUGCCCUGAUACCCGCAAGGGUAUAUAUGCUGGCCAAGAGUUCCUCGAAGAAUUGGAAAAGCGGCUAACAAAAUACUUGCAUUUAGGUUAUUUUGAAGGCAAUUAGAGCACAAAAUAUUAUUCAUAUAUGCUCUUGUUGUAAAAUUUAAUGGGAAAUGUAGAAAACUUCAACAGGACAGUAUUACCUAGUUAUAAUUAUAACGGAAAUUUAACUCAUAUGUGAUAAUAUGUCAAAGUCGAUAGCAUAACCAGGAAGAGGCAAUACAUGGCAAAUGGGUGGCACUAGUUUAUGAUACCGAACUACUGAUAAAGAGAUAAGCAAACGUUAAAUUAAUAUCAGUAUACCUUUACCGGUUUAGUAGGUUGUUUAUAAUGGAUAAAAUUUGUGAUAAUUUUCAAGAUUUAAAUAAAUAAAUUUCUUUAUUAUAAAA